UUGGCUGCCAAACUUACAGUUCCAAUUCUGAUUUUUUUUUUUUGCCGAGGCCCACGAAAAUUUUGGUUCUCCACAAAAAAAGUAUACUGGUAAUGUUUAACUUUGUAGAACCAACUAACUACUCAAGAUCUCAAAGGUCAAGAACUUGGAAGAGUAUGGAAUACUACUCAUCGUUAGAUGCAUCUCAGUUGGAUGCUGAUAGACCAACCUUAUUUGAAUUAAUUUCAUCUAAUCAAUUAGAAGCAUUAUUAUCACCAUCAUUAAGGUAUAUAUUAGUUCAUUAUGCCAGUAAAUAUCCGUAUUAUUUAUUAAGAAUCAAUAAUAAUUUUGAUGAAUUAAAUUUAGUAUUACGAACAUUUAUUGAAUGGUACUUUAUUAAAUAUUGGCAAGGAUCAUUCACAGAAAACUUUUAUGGUUUAAAAAGAGUCAAUCAAACACUUUUAUCUGAUAGUUCAAAAUAUAAUAGUGGAAAAUUAGUGCAAUUAGUUCCAUCAAUAAUAGAAGAGAAUAGAAGUCUAACUAAACUUCAACAGAUUGUUUCAAUAUUUGAAAUAACUGGUUCAGCUUAUAUAUCUGAAAAAUUAAAUUAUACUUAUGAAGUAUGGUAUACAAAGUAUAUAACCAAUCAAUUAAAUACUCAUGAAACAAAUACCAAAGAAGAGAAUUUUAAAAUUCAAUUAAAACGGAAAUUUGUGGAAAUAUAUCCAUAUUUACAAAGUGCCUAUAGAGCUGGGAAUUUUAUUACUACUAUACUAUACCUUAGUGGAUCAACUAAAUCACCUUCAAUAUUAACAUAUUUAUUUGGAAUUAAUUAUUCAAGAUUAAGUCAAUAUGAUUAUACUAAGAAUGAACCUAAAACUGAAUUACCAUCAUCUUCAAAUCUGAAUAUUAAUCGAGUUGCUCCUCCAUCUACUUUGGAAUAUGUUAUGAGAUUAAUUACUAAGAAUUUUACUGAUCCUUCAUGGAAAGUUAUUAAAACAAUUUUAGGAACUUUCUUCCCUGUAGCUAUAUUUACAUUGAAAUUCCUUGAAUGGUGGAAUAAUUCUGAUUUUGCUGCUAAGUUAUCUAAAAAUCAAGGUAAUGUAUUGGAUUUUACUAUUCCACCUCCAUCAUUUUUAUCAGAAGCAUUAAAGAAAUCUAGACAAGAGAAAUUGAAAUCUAUUAGUAAAAAUAAGAAGGUAAGGAAAUAUAAAUCAGGGAAUAUUUGUCCUAUCUGUAAGAAUGAGAUAACAAAUCCUGCUAUUAUUGAAACAGGGUACGUAUUUGAUUAUGCAUGUAUUUAUAAUUAUCUUCAAAAUUCUCAUAAGAUAGUAGCUGAAAAUAUCAAGAGUAAAUUAAAGGCUAAUAAAAAAGAUGGAGAAGAAAGUGAUAGUGAUAGUGAAAUUGAUAGUGAAAUUGAUAGUGAAGAUGAGAGAGAUACUACAGAUAAACAAGAGAAAGAGACAGAGACAGAGACAGAGAAAAAAGAAGAUUUACAAGAAUCUGAAUCUCAUGUAGUAAUAGAUAUUAAAAAAGGCGGUAGAUGUCCUAUAACCGGUAAGAAGUUAUUAGGAUGUAAAUGGAAUCCUAUAAAGGAAGAAUGGGAUAUUGAAGGUAUACGUAAACUUAUAUUCUGAAUAUACAUUCAUUUAAUGUAACAAUAUUUAUGUUAAUGUCUAUUUAAUGUAGUUGCAAAUAUUUCUGACUUGUCGUAUGUCGCAAAAAAAAAAAGCGACAAGAAUUUUGAAAAAUCUCUUCACGUGGUUAAGCUUAAUUAAGU